UCUCCUCAAAUCAGCCGGGCCUCCAGCCGCCGCCGAUACCUGCCGAGGCCUGCGGCGCGCCACCCUCACCUCCUUCAUUCCUACCGUCCACGCCAGCCUUGGCGACCUGACCCGCUUGUGGUCUCGAACUCGGUGGGAGCAGAGCAUGGACAUGGGAAUGAGUGCUCUCUGCAAGAAGCCAUGGUGGACCCUGCCUGAAAACUUUCAUGCUCCAAUGGUGUUCCACAUGGAAGAGGACCAGGAGGAGCUUAUCUUUGGGCACAGUGACACAUACCUUCGCUGCAUCGAGAUGAACAGCCACACACUUAUUCAGCUGGAGAGCUGGUUCACAGCUACGGGCCAGACUCGUGUGACUGUAGUGGGACCACACAGGGCAAGGCAGUGGCUGCUGCACAUGUUCUGUUGCGCGGAGAGCCAGGACUCCUAUCGUCAUGCUCGAGGCCUGGAGAUGCUGGAACGUGUCCGAAGCCAGCCCCUGACCAAUGAUGACCUGGUCGCCUCCAUUAGUGUGCCACCAUACACUGGAGACCUGUCUUUGGCUCCCAGAAUAAGUGGAACCGUGUGUCUUAGUGUUCCUCAGCCUUCCCCUUGCCAAAUGAUUGGUUGUUCAGGAUUCCAUCUGAGUUCACUCUAUCCAUAAUUAAGGACUGAUCUCCCCUGGGAGGUGUAGAUAAGAGGAGAAGUCUUCGCUUUGCUUUUGGUGAGAAAGACAUGAAAGAUACUGAAGAAAGCUUGAAUUUCUGGGUCGAGUCCUGUCCCUCUGAUGCCUUCUAGGCAUGUAUCUGAGGGAAAUCUCCUCAAUGUAAGAAAGCAUUAUAUUGGCAAAGCAAUCCAAUAAAAUAAGCUACCUAAGAUGCAAA